GACAUUUCCUGUGGGUGGAACCUUUUAUCGGGUGACUUUAUCUGCUCUUGGUGGCCGCGCGGCGCUGCACAAGAGAACAAGUCUACGGGUCAGUGGUGCGGUUCUGAAUUAGACAUCAACAAGACAACAUCAUGGAAACCGACAGCAAGUACCUCCCCGAGCUGAUGGCUGAGAAAGACAGCCUGGACCCAUCUUUCACACAUGCAAUGACCCUCCUGGCCAAUGAAAUAGAGAAGCUGAAAAAGGGAGACGAUGGCAAAAAGGAUGAAGAAGAUACAUACCUAGACUUGUUCUCCCACAAAAACAUGAAGCUUAAGGAACGCAUUCUGAUACCUGUUAAGUUGUAUCCCAAGUUCAACUUCGUUGGGAAAAUCCUGGGACCACAGGGGCACACAAUCAAAAGGCUCCAAGAAGAAACAGGAGCCAAAAUCUCUGUACUUGGCAAAGGCUCUAUGAGAGACAAAGCAAAGGAAGAAGAGCUGCGAAAAGGAGCAGAUCCAAAAUACAACCACCUUAAUAUGGACCUUCAUGUAUUUAUUGAGGUUUUUGGCCCUCCCUGUGAGGCCUACACACGCAUGGCACAUGCAAUGGAGGAAGUAAAGAAAUUCCUAGUCCCGGACAUGAUGGAUGAUAUCUGUCAGGAACAGUUUAUGGAACUGUCCUACAUGAACGGAGCACCUCCAGAGCAAUCCCGUGGAGGAGGAAGAGGUGGCCCAGGUAGAGGCAGGGGGGCACCUCCACCCACAGCAGCUCCUGCUUCCAGGGGCAGAGGUGUACCACCACGUCCUCUUGUGCCAAGAGGUGCCCCAGGACGAGGAGCUAUAACACGUGGUGCCAGCGUCACACGAGGUGUUGCUCCUGCCCCUGUUACUAGGGGUGCCCCAUCUGGCAGGUCCCGUGGAGCUUCCAUCCAGAGGAUUUCAUUGCCUCCUCCCGCACCUGAAAGUUAUGAUGAAUAUGGUUAUGAAGAUUCCUAUGCUGAGCCAAGUUAUGAAGGUUAUGAGGGAUAUUACAACCAGAACCAAGGUGGCACAGAAUAUUAUGAUUAUGGACAUGGACAUGGAGAGGGGCCAGAAUCCUAUGAAGGCUAUGGGCAAGAUAAUUGGAAUGGAUCACGACCUUCCAUGAAAGCUCCCCCUUCCCGUCCUGUGAAGGGUGGAAGCUACAGAGAACAUCCUUAUGGACGUUUCUGAGUCUACUACAUCAAAACCAUAAUUAUUGCUAUCUUGUGUCCCAGGACUUCCUGUUCCGUAAAACCACAACACAAGUAAAUUCCCUGUGAUCUGUGAUCUCCCCCAUUUCUUUCCUCCUGAAAUCCUUCUCAUAGGACUGCUUUUAAAAUUUGAGAACAGUGAUACCCAGACUUCAUUUUUUUUACAUGUGUAUAUUCAAACCAUUUUAUUUUCAUUGUUUAAAAAAAAAUUAAAAUGCUUUUCAUAUAAAAAGUUGAGUAUAAAUGUAGCUUUCAAAGUGACUGCUCCAAAACGAACUUUAUAACAAAAAUCCUUUAAUGUUAGUUGUAGUCUUACUGUCUUGAACUAAGCUGCAAUAAAAAUAUUUUUUUUUUAUUUAGAGCUAGUUAAACGGUAAUUAGCUGUAAACUUGUAUGCUGUUUAAAAAGAAGCUUUUGACUUUGUAAUUAAUAUACGCUUUAUGUUAUUAAAUCUUAUGGACAAA